AUGCCUGGCCAGUCGUCGCUCCUAUUCUCAGCUUCGGCUUCCGUAGCAGAUCGUCUACCGCUCCUACUUGGCCGACCCGGUUCCAAAGUGCGUCUUCGGGGACCCCUCAAUCUGCGUGCCGGGUGUAUACUAUUGCCGCCGGGCACUUUCACUCGAGCCGUCGCCAAUUACCAGAAUCAAAGUGCAACACUUGCGGCCGGGCAGCAUUCUCAACCUCAGGCUCGCCUAGUCAUUAUGGGCGGAGAGGUUGAUGAAAUUCUUUCAGCUCUGCAGACCAGCCCAGUCUCUGUCCGUCUCUCAUCGAUGCUCGGCUCACUGUCCCAACCGGUCGGCGAGGCGACUAUCAACUCCACUUAUCUACUCACUAAACUGCUACAGACCAAAUUGAGACUACCGGCCGACUCCUAUCCGGAAUGGUUUCCUCUCUUGGGCAUUCGAGGUUGGUCCACUGCCUCUGAUUACUGCAACCUAUUGUGA